AGGCACACAGGUACUCGUUUCCCAUGUCAAUGGACUCAACUCGUCUCCUCCGAAAUUCCCACCCUUUCACAUUCACACUCUCUCCAUCCUUCACCAAAACCCGCCAUUAUCCACUCUCUCUUCCCGCCGCAAGUUCCAGCAAACUCUUCUGCAUGCUCAAAACCACCCGAAACGACGCCGCCGUCCCCUUCGACGACGCCGCUUACGAGGCCGAGCGCCACACCCUCGACGCCCAGGCUCGCCAAGCCAUGGCCGAUGAGGCAGCUUCCAACGUCACGGAAGACCCGAAAGCUUGGAAAUGGGUGAUCCGGAAGAGAAUCUGGGACAUGAUGGAGGCCCGCAACAUAGCCCAGAACCCGAGGCCUGUCCACCACCGCAUCCCCAACUUCGUCGGCGCCGCAGCCGCCGCCGACAAAUUGGGGCAGUUGGAAGCUUUCCGGGUCGGGAACUGUGUGAAGGUCAACCCGGAUUCUCCUCAGAAACAAGUCAGGUUUCUCACACUGUCUGAGGAGAAGAAGUUGUUAACUCCUCAACCCCGAUUACGGACUGGGUUUUUCUCUGUGCUUGAGUCUCAGAUGUUGACUCCUAGUACUAUGAAGGAGGCGUGCACGUCUGUUGGGGUGGCUAAAUACGGGCGGCCCAUCGGAUUAGAUGAGAAAAUCAAGGUUGAUCUUAUUGUCAUUGGUUCUGUUGCUGUUGAUCCCAGGACAGGUGCUCGACUUGGCAAGGGUGAGGGAUUUGCAGAGCUUGAAUAUGGAAUGCUGCGAUACAUGGGAGCGAUUGAUGAUUCAACACCAGUUGUCACCACUGUGCAUGACAGUCAAUUAGUAGAUGAUAUUCCAGUUGAGAAGCUGUUAAUCCAUGAUGUGCCGGUUGACAUCAUAUGCACUCCAACCCAGGUCAUUUUAACCAACAAAUCAAUUCCAAAGCCCCAAGGGAUUUACUGGGAAAAAUUAUCUCCUGAGAAGCUUGGGCAAAUUAGAAUACUCCGAGAGCUGAAGAAAAGGAUUGAACAAGAGACUGGAAAAAAAUUGCCAUGCGGUCCAUCAGAGAAGCUGCCUCCCACAGCGCGAAGAGGAAACUUGGUAGGUGUCAAAAGGAAGUGAAAUCUUUCUUAAACCAAUAGGAACACUGUUUGUCUGUUGUGUAAAUGUGUAAUACUAGAUGCAACUGUAGUAACCUUAAUUCUGUUGCACCUUGAACUUGGUUACAUUAAUCUAUAGUCAAUGUAUAAAUGUAUUGUUAACUCAUUCUGCAGUCUA